AUGAGUUGUUUUGAUUUAAUUCCAAAUUGUCAACUGUGUGAAUAUAACAAUGAAAAUAAAUUGUGUACAAAAUGUUAUGCGCCUUAUAUUAUUGAUAAUGAUAAAUUUAUGUGUGUUCUUGCAUAUUCAAACACAACACAUUUUAACUCAGAAACAUUAAAAAGUGAUGUUAAUAAUGUUGUCGAUGGAAAAUGCAUUUUUAAACAAGAUGAAAGUUGCUUUGAUUAUUCAUUGAAAACUUGCGACAACUGUUCUAAAAAUGUCAUCACAACAAACGUCAAUUGUUCAAUUGAAAGUAUUUGCAAAUACCAACUCACUCAAAAUGACAAGACUUCUUGUUUAAUCUUUAAAAAUGACACACAAGAAGGCAUUAAAGUCAAUAACUGCAAAUACACUCAAAACGAGUUUUGUUAUUUGGUAAAUGAUGGGUUUUACACGACACUUAAUAUCAAUGGGGAAACUAUAAGUUGUGAUAAUGCAAAGAUUUGCCAAGUAAUUGAUGGUGAUAAAAUCGAUAUAUCAUGUAAAAGUGAAUUUGUAUUAAAAUUAAACAUGUUGUGUUCACAAGACACAAACUGUGUUAAUAAUAGUGGAACUGUGUGUACAACAUGUCAACAAAACCAUCACAUUGCAAAAGGUGGAUGUGUUUCCAAUGACAACGAGUAUGGGAAAUGCGUUUCAACCGAUUCAAUCAACUGUAAAGAGUUCGUUAGUGGUGUUUGUACUCAAUGUGAUGACGAUCAUUACAAAGAUACGACUGGGUGUUUGCCAAAACAAGAGAAAUACCCAGACUGUGAAUAUGUGAGUGUUGUAAUGUCGUCGUGUUUGGAGUGUAACAAAUCAUAUCUUCUUGUUGACAAUUCAUUGAAAAAAACAACAGACAACUGCAUGUUGAGAAGUUCAAAAUGGUGUUUGAGGUGCAGUGAUGGGGAUUACAUAAUGAACUCAUUUUGUGUGAGAUGUGAGUACUCAUGCACACAAUGCUCGAAUUUGACGUAUUGCACAAAGUGUGAUGCGUACUCGUACACCAAAAAUGGCAAGUGUUUUGAAAUCAAUAAAAUACUAAGUACCUGUGAUGUAAUGAUGUCGACAUAUGAAGGGUGUAUUUUGUGCAAAGAUGGGUACAUGCGAUAA